CCGUUUGAUCACUUCGAAAACUGAAUUGGUCGCGAGCAGACGAACAGAAAAACGAAUGCCCCGAGAACCGAACAGAAAUAUACGAGCCAGAACCGAGAAUCGUACACAGAAAACAGAAACGAAAGCAAGCGUAGAGCAGGAGCGAGGCCAAGACAGGACGAAGCUUGCAGGAGAGUGAGGAUCGAUACGAAUCGGAUCGGAUCGGAUCGCAGGGAAGGAUCAAAUGUCGCGAGUGUUUGAUAAAACCAAAAAAGUGUUUCCAAAGCAGUGACAUUCAAUUCAAUUCAAUCGAUUGAUCGAUUCGAACGAAACCUGAUUUUAGUUUUAGCCCAACCACCGAUACGGCAGAGUGUGUUGCCAGCUGUUCGUUUGUGUCUGUAGUUUGGUAGCUCUCUGUGUGUGCCAUGGGCCAGGGGCCAGGUUCUAGGCGGCAAAAAUUGUCCAACCAGCAAAACUGAACCGAAGGAGACAGAGAGACAGAGUGACACAGAGGAGGGAAAGAGAGAGACAGCUUUGAAUUGAUUCAAUUUCAAUUUCAAUUACGAUUCCCAUCGAGUGUCAAUUACAACCACAGCACAAAUAAAAUACACAGAGAGAAACAGAAGAGAAUCGAAUCGAAUCGAAUCAUGCCUUCAAUAAUUCAAUUCGUGUGGCUGCUCCUCCUGCCCUUGGUCGCACGGGGCACGCGACUCCCCCUCGAGGUGUACGAACUGACACCGACCACGGCCACGGGGGCAGCGGCGCACAAGAGCCUGGAGUACACAGUCUACGAUGCCAAAGAUGUUGCAACAAGUGCCACAGUAUCCACUAGCAGCAGCAGCAGCACCCCCAAGCCUGCCACAGAGCCACUCACCGUAGUGAGCAUCUCAGCGGCGCCACCAGACCUUCAGCAGAAGGAGAAACAGCUACAAAAACAGCAGCAACAGGACUUGGCCGAGUCCCGACGGAAAGCGCGUCAAAUGUUGCAGAAACAACAGCAGCAGCAGCAACAUCGUUUGGCCAACAGCAAACACGGCCAACACAAGGAGAAGGAUCUGCGCAUACUCUACCAAGUGGGGGACUCCGAGGAUGAUCUGCCCGUUUGUGCACCGAAUGCCGUCUGCUCCAAGAUCGAUCUGUACGAGACGCCGUGGAUCGAGCGCCAGUGCCGCUGCCCAGAGUCGAAUCGCCUGCCCAAUGUCGUCCUGCACCACCACAGCCACCAGGCGAGUGGCUCCGCAGCACCCGUGGAGGCGGGACCCAAGUACAGGAACUACUACGACAUGGAGAUGCUCCAGCUGAAGCGCAUGCUCAUGGGCAAGUUCCAGGACAAGAAGUUCGAGACGCUGCACAUGAAGAAGCUCAUGCAGAGGCUGGGCGCCGUCUACGAGGAGGAUCUGGACCACGUCGACCAGUCGCCCGACUACAACGACGCCCUGCCCUCGUCCCCGUACGCCGAGCUGGAGGACAACGAGUACCCCGGCAGGGGCUCCGCGCACAUGCGCCACUCGGGCCACCGGGGCCAGAAGGAGGCGCCCAGCAGCUACAUCGGCGGCUGCCCCAGCAGCCUGGGCGUCGAGGAUGGCCACACCAUAGCGGACAAGACGCGGCACUACAAGAUGUGCCAGCCAGUCCACAAGCUGCCCGUUUGCAAACACUUUCGGGACUACACUUGGACCCUGACCACGGCGGCGGAGGCGAAUGUCACCGAGCAGGUGGUCCACUGCCGGUGUCCCAGGAACUCGGUGACGUACCUCACGAAGCGGGAGCCCAUCGGCGAUGGCAGUGCCGGCUAUCGCUACCUCUUUGCCUGCUCCCCCCUCACGCGCCUUCGAUGCCAGAGGAAGCAGCCGUGCAAGCUCUUCACGGUGCGAAAGCGGCAGGAGUUCCUCGACGAGGUGAACAUCAAUGCGCUGUGCCAGUGCCCCAAGGGCCACCGCUGCCCCAGCCACCACACGCAGUCCGGAGUCAUAGCCGGCGAGAGUUUCCUCGAGGACAACAUCCAGACAUAUUCGGGUUAUUGCAUGGCGAACGAUUAAGCUUGAGGACUCUCUAAGCCAAGGAUCAUUCCACACACAACACACAACCAACACACACACACACACAA